GCCGGCGCCGCGCGCAUAAGUAGCGGAGAGCCGAGGCGAGGAGCGCGCAGCCGGCCGCGGCUCCUUCCGUCCCGUGCAACGCUCCACUGCCCCGCGGACCGCUCGCCCUGCAGACGCCGCGAUGUCGGGCCCUUGGGUGCUGCUCGCCCUGACUUUGAUUUUGACCGGUGUCCCCGGAGGCUGCGCCCAGCCGGAGGAGGGGGCCCAGGAAGAGGCAGUAGAGAACGCCCUGAGCCUGGCAGACCGUCUUCUUCAGAAAGACCUUCAGCGGGUGCGAGGGGACCUGGGUGAAGCCCUAGAGUCACUGAUCCCUCUGCCCAGCUGGAUCUAUAAGCGUCAGCACCCAGGCAAAAGGGAGAAGGCAGAAAAGGAAGGUCAAGCGGUGGUGGACUUGGAGCCCCCCAAACCGGAGGUCCCUGUGCGAUGGGAUGAGGCUUCACUGCUACCGGAUUUUGUUCAGGAGGUCAAGCGGCAGCACCCCGGCAGGCGCUCCCCCUGGAUGAAGUACCCUGCCAUUAAGAGGCAGCACCCAGGCCGGAGUCUGGUGGAUCCCAUUUUUCAGGGUAGCUGGGAAGAGGAAGAGGAGGGAGAGGACACCUUGAUGCCUGAGAAACGCCAGCAUCCAGGCAAGAGGGCCCCGUGUGGGCCCCAGGAAGCCUGCCGUCAAGUAGGUCACCUGUUUGGGCUCCUGGAUGAUCUGAGGGGCCAGGAGAAGAAGCACUGGCCGAAACAGGCGUCCUGGGUCAGGGAGCCCCUGGAGGUGUAAGCCUGGGCCUUCAGGUCUAGGAUUUAAGCCCUAUCUGCCCUACACGCACACCUCUCCCUUUUCCUUAGACCCCCUCAUCCUAAACCUGAGCCCCUGUAUGAUGCGCCCAAGCCCUCUCCCUCCAUUUCCUUGAGGACUCCAGAAAGCCAACCAAAAAGCUCCAAUGUGCCCUACAGGCAAGGGAGCAGAUCCCAUAGCCUUUCUUGCCACUCCGCUAGGUCCGUACCCCUUCCUCAGCCCUGGACAAGAUGGCUCCUAGGACUUUGGUGUAAACUUCACCCCUACCCCAGGCUGGAGGCUCCUGCCCUUUAGUACUGAGUAGAAUGGGGGUAUUGAGACAAACUCUGGAGGCUGUUGCUUUGUGUAUGACCCUCUAGGCACCUUGCCCUUUCAUUCUAAGGAUAAUAAUAAAAAAAAAAAAUGUGUC